AUGGGUGAUAUUGAAGGCUCCCCAGGAAGCUCCAUGCAUGGAGUAACAGGCAGAGAACCUGUUCUUGCCUUCUCUGUGGCUUCGCCGAUUGUACCAACUGAUACAACGGCAAAGUUCUCAUUGCCGGUGGAUUCGGAGCACAAGGCCAAAGUGUUCAAGAUCUUCUCAUUUGCCAAUCCACACAUGAGAACCUUUCACCUCUCCUGGAUCUCCUUCUUCACCUGUUUCGUGUCCACUUUCGCGGCGGCUCCCCUCGUCCCCAUCAUCCGAGACAACCUCAACCUCACGAAAGGGGACAUAGGAAAUGCUGGGGUUGCUUCCGUCUCCGGUAGCAUCUUCUCACGGCUUGUAAUGGGUGCGGUCUGUGAUCUGUUGGGGCCGCGAUACGGGUGUGCCUUUCUUAUGAUGCUGUCAGCCCCAACUGUCUUUUGCAUGUCGUUUGUGUCAUCGGCAGGUGGAUACAUCGCUGUCCGUUUCAUGAUCGGAUUCUCUCUCGCGACGUUUGUCUCGUGCCAGUACUGGAUGAGCACAAUGUUUAAUAGUAAGAUUAUUGGGCUUGUCAAUGGAACAGCAGCCGGUUGGGGUAACAUGGGUGGAGGAGCUACACAACUGAUAAUGCCACUACUGUAUGACAUAAUCCUGCGCGCUGGCUCUACUCCAUUCACCGCCUGGAGAAUGGCCUUCUUCAUCCCAGGUUGGCUUCAUGUCAUAACUGGGAUUUUGGUCUUAACUCUUGGCCAGGACUUGCCUGAUGGCAAUCUUAGUAUCUUGCAGAAGAAGGGUGAUGUUGCUAAAGAUCAAUUCUCCAAGGUGUUUAGGAAUGCUGUAACAAACUACAGGACAUGGAUCUUUGUCCUCCUGUAUGGUUAUUCCAUGGGUGUUGAAUUAUCCACUGAUAAUGUCAUUGCAGAAUAUUUCUAUGAUAGGUUUGAUCUCAAGCUUCACACUGCUGGAAUCAUCGCGGCCACCUUCGGCAUGGCUAACAUUGUGGCUCGGCCAUUUGGCGGAUUCGCUUCCGACUUUAUGGGCAGAAAGUUUGGCAUGAGGGGCAGGCUAUGGGCCCUUUGGAUCCUACAAACACUUGGAGGGACUUUCUGUGUUCUCCUUGGCUACGCCAACUCCCUUCCCAUAGCGGUUGCCAUGAUGAUCCUCUUCUCCAUUGGAGCUCAGGCUGCAUGUGGAGCAACUUUUGGAAUUAUUCCAUUCAUUUCUCGAAGAUCACUCGGUAUCAUAUCUGGAUUGACCGGUGCAGGUGGGAACUUUGGCUCUGGUCUGACCCAAUUAGUGUUCUUCACAAGCUCAGGUCUCUCCACUGCUAGAGGUCUCUCCUACAUGGGGUACAUGAUCAUAGGCUGCACAUUGCCUGUGACGCUUGUGCACUUUCCACAGUGGGGAAGCAUGUUCCUUCCUCCUUCGAAAGAUGCUGUAAAAGGUACUGAAGAGCACUACUAUGUGUCUGAGUGGAAUGAGGAGGAGAAGCAAAAGGGAAUGCACCAGGGAAGUCUCAAGUUUGCUGAGAACAGCCGGUCAGAGCGAGGGAAGCGCGUUGCCUCCGCAGCAUCUCCUCCCAAUUUGACACCGGCCCAUGUUUAG